GGCUGAAAGCCGGCAAAAGGGCACGCUAAGGCAGGGUUGGCACUGCCCGGGCGCCCUCGCACGCAUCGGCAAGCUCGCGGACGAGCCGGGGCAGCCGUUGCUGCAGCGCUCGACGCAGCCGCGCCGAGCUGGUCCUUGGGGCUAAGGCAGCCCCAGGGCAGCCGCAACGAUGCCGACGCAGGAGACGCUCAUGCAGGAGCGGCCCCUGCCCCAAUGGUUGCUUAACUUGGAAGCGAAGAAGCGCGCUAGACGCGCCAAAGAUGUCAAGCGCAAAAAAAUCGCGGCCGCGAAGACCGUCGCCGAAAAAGAUUAUUUAGAUGCCAACAACCGCAAGAUGGGCUGGAAGACCUUCGCCCAGCUGGAGGAUGAAGCUGCUGAAAGGCAGCGCAAGGCGGACGCGCGGGAGCCUGAGUCGCCGCGCGCGUUUCCCUUUGAAUUGCUCCAGACGGACGUGUAUGACGACUCCGCUGUUGCGAGGUAUGCUUAUAUGCACGGCACGCACCGCCAGUUUAAGGAACCCGACGAAAAUGAUCCGGACUUGGGCUGGGACGGCGUGACCGGUGCGGGACCGCCACCCCUACCUCCUGAUUUACUCGAUAAGGAAGUCGAAGAAAUGAAGCAACCGGAUCUAUUCCUGCGAUUAGACGAGUCGAAAUUGCCCAUCGAAACGUUCGACUCCGCGGAAUACGAAGAACUGGACAAGUCGCCGGAGGAGUGGAUGGCCACUGCAAAAAAGGGCAAGAACCCGAAGGACGAGCCCUUCGUGCCCGGCUUCGCGGCCUACUUCGUGAUGAACGCCAAAGGUGCUUCUGGGGGUACUUGGAGGUGGAGAAAAGCUAAAAUUGUUUCGUACGAUGCUGAACUGCGCCAGUUCAAGGUGAAAAUGGGCCAGAAGGAGCGCAUGGCCCACCGCCUGAACAUUCGGUUUGCCGAAGAAGACGAGAAGGCCUGGAAUGAUCGUAGAAAUUCUGCACAUGCGAUGAGAGAAAACGUCAAGCGAAACUUGAGGCUGGACUACUUCGUGAGCGAGCAGCCGGCCUCGACGGUCCGAGCCAUCGCCCAGACGACGCUGCGAGGCGUGCAUGCGCGCGUCAACGACGGUUUAGUGUCCAUGCCCUUUCCGCAGCCCGGGACUCCAAUGGGCCAGCUGUUAAGGACAUUAACGGCGGACGUCAUUCAAGCGUAUGCGAGAGCCAUGAAGAAGACCAUCAUUCGACGAAAGUACAUCAACGAGCCGGGAUUCAAAAGAGAUUUCGAUAGGUUGAAACUCCCGCAGGAUACGGUAGCACCUUUACCGCCAGCACCCGAGUUAGGUAAAGUGCAGAUCCCCUCGCACUCCUAUGAGGAUAACCGAGCUAUUAUAGCGGCACGACACUUAUCAGCCCACAAAUCUGUAUUAGAUAGCUUCGUGUGGCUGUCGACGACGUGGGAGAAGAUUCUCCAGUCGCGCUUCAUGUUACUACCGGACGAUGGAGCAGCCUUAGAUAGAAUCAAAGAGAGGAAACGCGUCUGGAAGAACCCCCUCCAAGAGGCAGUAGAGGAAGAUAUAGAUGAAUCUAUCUCGCCGCUCGUGAACGGCGGCGACACGAGACCAGGAGCCCUACCCUUCACCUUACCUUGUGUGUUAGAAGACUUUGCCACGGCCCAAGCCGAACACUGCCAAAAGCUAGGCGACAAGCUGACGAGCGAGUGGCGCCGAGCGUUCGUCGAACAAGUGGUUGAUAACGUCCAGGACACCUUCGACUUCUAUCAGUCUGAUGAAGAAAGGUAUGAGGGAGGUGACCUGAAGAAGUUACUGAGGCACUUUGAGCUGCGGCAGAAGCAGCAACUUAGAGAUAUAUUAUCUUUGUCUGUGAGUGACUGGGUGUCAUUUGUCGAGCGCUUCUGCGAGAAGGGCGCCGCGACGGAGGGUAGAAGUACUCCACCUUUAUUCCAGGCUUCGCUCAACAUCGCUUUUGACGUGCAGGACGCCAUGAACUCGUCGGGCAGGAUGUCGCGGUUCGGCGUGCCAAAGGUUAAGCUGAGCCCUACACCCGAAGAUUUGGAAGUGGCUUUGUUAGCUCGAAUCAUGGAGCCCGUCGACAUUGUAAGAACGUUACGAACGUGCGAUUCGGACCUGAUGUCCCUGAUCAAACUACCGGAACGAACGUUGUUAAAUGUCAAGCGUGAUGACGAAUUGUGCAACGAUAUCGAUAAUACGAUAGACACGGCAUCAGACGACGUCAAAUACUUGCUAGAACAAGCGUUAGAAGCCCCAUUAGCCCUUUGUGAACAAUACAACGACUACGCGUGGGUCGCCGCCGCCGACCCGACGUUGCAUGUGAAGCAGUUCGCAAAGAACGUGGGCAAGGAGGCCCAGAAGGCGUUAGAUGCCGCCCACGACUUACCGGACGAGAAGGAAGAAGAACGAGAGGCCAAGGAGUUAGCUAUUCACGAAGCUACGAUUAACCUCGAGAAGUCGAUCGAUCAAGCCUGGGUCUCGGAAGUGAAGAAGUUCCACGACGCCGCCGAGUCUAUCGAAUCGUUGUCCGAAGAUGUGGAGCUGUUUUCUUUGCUGAACGUGGACUGCACCGAGAUCAAGCAGCAAUUAGCUUCGAAAGCUCGCGACGUGCGGAACGCUUUGCUCACGUACAUCCUAGACACGACGCGAGAGGAGAACGAGUCUACGAUUGAAAGGUAUGAGGAAAUCCUCGCGAAAUUAGUCCAGAAGCCGGCGAACGAAGAAGAGCUAGCCGCUCUCAAACAGUUCAUCGCUGAUACAAGACUAGAGGUCCAAGAAACACUCGUGAGAGGAGACAAGAUGUUCUCUAGACUAGAGUCCUUCCACAAGUACGGCAUUGAACUGUCAAAGGACGACGUCCACCUGGCCUGGAGCACGAUGGAGUACCCGAAGCGCGUCCACGACGCUUCCAGUGAAGCGGAGUCGAGAAUAGAGUUCGACAAAAUCAAGAUGAUCGACAAGCUCGCGCUAGAAAAGAACGAGUUCGAGAUGAACUUGGCCGAGUUCAUACGACGCGUACAACAAGCCAAGGGGUUCGACGACUACGAAAAAGAGGCGGAAUAUGUGGAGAUCGUCAACGGUAUCCAGGAUUCUAUCCUGGAGGCCAAGGCCAAGGGCAAAGCGUUCAACGAUCGGGAACAGGUCUUUGGGUUCCCUCCCACCGAAUUUUUGGAGCUGGACGUGGCCGAGGAGGAGUUAGCCCCGUACUGGGACCUCUGGAACAUGAUCAGCGACUACCACGCGAAUGAACAUGAAUAUAAGCAUGGCAAUUUCAUGGAAUUGGACGCUCCUAAAAUCAAGAAGGAGGUCGACACGUGGUGGAAGGGGAGCUACAAGCUCAAAGCUGCUCUCGAGGAGGACUGCCCCGAAGCGGCGGAAUGUGCGCAAGCUUUACGCGAUGAGACGGCCUUGUUCAAGAAGAACUUACCGAUUAUCGAGGCGCUGGCGAAUCCCGCUUUGAAGGACAGGCACUGGGUCCGAUUGUCGGACAAGCUCGGUACGACCAUCGUACCGUAUGACGAGAAUACCGGUACUGAGUUAACCCUACAGUUCCUGCUGGAUCUAAAUAUUCAAGAUAGAAUAGAUGAAGUGCAAGAAAUCACCGUGAGCGCCGACAAGGAAUACAAGCUCGAGAAGAACUUGGAAGCUAUGAAACAAGAAUGGGCCGAGAUCGAGUUCGACGUCAAGGCCUACAAGGAGACGGGCACGUCGAUCGUGGGCGGUAUUGAUGAAAUUAUAGCUCUACUAGAUGACCACAUCGUCAAGACGCAGACCAUGUGCGGGUCCAUGUACAUCAAGGCCAUCGAGGGCGAAGCGCGCGGCUGGGAAUCGCAGCUCAAGUACGCCCAGAACUUGGUGGACGAGUGGAUCGCCAUGCAGCGCGUCUGGAUGUACCUGGAGCCCAUCUUCGGGUCGGAGGACAUCAUGCGCCAGUUACCUACCGAGGCUCGUCGCUUCAAUGACGUCGAUAAAUUGUGGCGGUCGACGAUGAAGGCGACCGAGGAGGACCCCGUCUUCAUCAGCCAAGCGGAGCCGUCCAAACAGUUAGUCAAGAAGAUGCAAGAUGCCAACGAGAAAUUGGACAAGAUCCAGAAGGGCUUAUCCGACUACCUGGAGAUGAAGCGGUUGUACUUUCCCCGCUUCUUCUUCCUAGCGGAUGAGCAGAUGCUUGAAAUUCUCUCGCAGUCGAAGGAACCGCGAGCGGUGCAGCCUCAUCUAGGCAAGUGUUUCGAAGGCUUAAACACCAUCAAGUUCGAGAAGGACCUGAAAAUCACGCAGAUGAUCUCGCCCGAAGGUGAACGAGUGGAUUUAACGACACCCAUCGACCCCGAGUCCGGUCCGAACAAGGGCAAUGUGGAAAAAUGGCUCUUGGAGCUAGAGGGCCUGCAGUGGGUUUCUGUGAGACGCCAAGUCGAACUAGCUUUGCAGGACUACCCGAAGCAAAAGCGCAUCGACUGGUGCAUCAAGUGGCCGGCCCAAGCUAUUUUGGCCGUCUCGCAAAUCUUCUGGACCCAAAAAACGGAAGAAGCGAUUGACGCCGGCGGCCACCAGGGCUUGGACAAGUAUGUCUUGGACUUGAAUCAAGGUUUAACUGAUAUUGUCAUGCUUGUUAGAGGUCAACUCUCGAAACUCCAACGAAAAACUCUAUCAGCGUUGGUCGUGAUGGACAUUCACUCGAGAGACACGAACGUCACGAUGGUUACUGGGUUGAUUGAAAAGUGCUCCGACUUCCAGUGGCAGUCGCAGAUGAGAUAUUAUUGGGGCCCGGCCUGGAAGGACGGCCAGGCCGUGAAAAAGGGCGAGGGUACCGUGGUUGCGCGCAUCGUGAAUGCGAGAUGCUUGUACGGUUAUGAGUACCUCGGCAAUUCCAUGAGACUCGUCGUAACACCGUUGACGGAUCGAUGCUACCGCACGAUGAUCUCGGCUAUUGACCUACUCUACGGUGGAGCGCCGGAAGGUCCCGCCGGUACCGGUAAAACGGAAACGGUAAAAGAUCUCAGCAAAGCGAUAUCGAUACAAUGUGUCGUCUUCAACUGUUCUGAUCAAUUAGACUACAAGGCCAUGGCCAAGUUCUUCAAGGGCCUCGCGGGUUGUGGUAGUUGGUGCUGCUUCGACGAGUUCAACCGCAUUUCGGUGGAGGUGUUGUCCGUCGUAGCCCAGCAAAUCCUCACGAUCAACAAGGGCAAGGCCGCGGGCGUGGACAAGUUCACGUUCGAGGGCACGUUUAUGAAGUUAAACACCAACGCGAACCCGUUCAUCACGAUGAACCCGGGCUACGCGGGCCGUGCGGAAUUGCCCGAUAACUUAAAAGCUCUGUUCCGGCCCUGCGCCAUGAUGGUUCCGGAUUACGCUUUGAUUGGCGAAAUUAGAUUGUACUCGUUUGGGUUCGAGGCCGCUCGUAUUAAUGCCCAGAAGCUAGUACGAACGUUACAGUUGUGUUCCGAGCAAUGCUCGAGCCAAAAGCACUACGACUACGGCAUGCGCGCCGUCAACUCCAUUCUCGUGGCGUGUGGUAACUUACGACUCAAGGUCGGCGACGACCCCCUGUGGGACGAGGCCAAGGUCGUUUUGCGUUCCGUGAUGGAUGUGAAUUUACCAAAGUUCACGGUGGAGGACGUACCUUUAUUUUUGGGUAUUACGUCCGACUUGUUCCCCGGCGUCGAGCUGCCGCAGGCGGACCACGGGGCGCUCAUCCCGACGAUCGACGAGAUGUGCUGGUCCGGCGUCAAGGUGGCUCCUGGCAGGGAACCUAAAUUGGAACCCAAGUCGACCUUCACCUUAAAAAUCGUGCAGCUCUACGAAAUGGUCUUGGUAAGACACGGCGUCAUGAUCGUCGGCCAGACGUGCUCUGGUAAAACAUCAUCAGUACAUUGUUUAGCGGAUGCGAUGACGACCUGCGCCGAAAGAGGCGAACCCUUCGAGAAGGUGGUGAUCCACACGAUGAACCCCAAGUCCAUUAAUGCGGGCCAACUAUAUGGCAACUUCGACGACAACACGCACGAGUGGUCCGACGGUGUACUGGCGGUCAUCUUCCGGAACUGCGCCAUGGACACGGGCAAGGACCGCCAGUGGGUCAUGUUCGACGGUCCCGUGGAUGCGGUCUGGAUCGAGAACAUGAACACCGUGCUCGAUGAUAAUAAAAAACUGUGUCUCAUGUCCGGCGAGAUCAUCAAGAUGACGGACCGCAUGACGAUGAUGUUCGAGGCCGAGGAUCUGGAAGAGGCGUCGCCCGCCACGGUCAGUCGUGUAGGUAUGAUUUUUUGCGAAGCGACCAAUGUCGGCUGGGAGCCCUUCCUCCAAGUCUGGUGCGAGGCGCUGGAAGAGCCCUGGAAGGAACAUUCGAAACUAGUCACGGAGUUGUAUGGGUGGCUGUUCCCCCCUCUCACCUAUUUUGUGGAUAAGUUCUGCAAGACCCCUUGUCCGGUCACGCUCCACGAGCAGAUGCGCAACUCCCUCAAAUUACUGAGUUGUUUCAUGCGCGAGUGUGAAGAGUCGAAGACUAUUGGCACGGACGUCCCGCGAACGGUCGAAGGGUUAUUCUUGAUGGCGGUGACGUGGUCUGUAGGAGCCGCGGUCGACAAAGAAGGCCGCGAGAAGUUCGACGCGUUCUUACGGUUAUUAUUAUCCGGAGACGCGGCGGAGAUCGACAACUCCGACGAGUACAAGGACUUCAAGUCCAAGACCCCGGACUACGAGGACGGCGGUCUGGAGAAGCGCCAGUCGCAACUCGCGCCGGACGCGUCGUCGGGCAUCCACGACUUUAGAUUUCACGGCAAGACCGGGAGCUGGGCGUCCUGGGUGGAACCUGGGGCCAAGUUCGUCAUCCCCAAAGAGGCGCAAUUCAAUAGCAUCGUGGUCCCGACCGUAGAUACGAUCCGCCACGAGUGGCUCAUCGAACAACUCCUGUAUGGUGGCGCGAACGUGUUGUGUGUGGGCGACACGGGCACCGGGAAGAGUGUGGGUGUCAAGAACCACCCGCUGAUGUCCGGAGACAACGAGGAGUUUACCAAUAUUAUGCUCAACUUCUCGGCCCAAACGUCGGCGAACCAAACCCAGGAUAUUAUUGAUAGCAAGCUCGAUAAGAGGCGGAAGGGCGUGUUGGGGCCACCCCUCGGCAAGAAAUGUGUCGUGUUUGUCGAUGAUCUCAAUAUGCCUGCGAAGGAGGAAUACGGCGCCCAGCCGCCCAUUGAAAUCCUGCGGCAGUGGAUGGACCACGCGGGCUGGUACAACCGCGAGGAGAACUCCUACGUGCAACUCGUAGAUAUUCAAUUUGUGGCGGCGAUGGGGCCUCCCGGUGGUGGUAGAACAUUUAUCACGCAGCGAUAUGUCAGACAUUAUAACCUAUUGAACUUCGUGCCGUUCAACAACGAGUCACUUACCAGAGUGUUCAGUACGAUCAUGGACUGGGCGCUAGGCAAGGGCUACGCGAAUCCCGUGAAGCAAUUGUCCGGUUCGGUCGUGGAAGCUACCAUUAAUAUAUAUGAUACCAUCGCCGCUGGAUUACUUCCUACACCCAUGAAGUCGCACUACACCUUCAACCUGCGAGACAUGGCCAAGGUCUUCCAGGGCAUCACGCAAGGGAGCCCGAAGGAGAUCAACGCGAAGGACGUCUUCGUUUCGUUGUGGUGCCACGAGGCCAUGCGCGUGUUCCACGAUCGUUUAAUAAACGACCACGAUCGCGACUGGUUCGUCGCCGAGCUGUCCAAGGGUUGUUCCGACGCCUUUGGCUUAGAUUUCGAGAAGAAGGUCUGCGUAAAGGGCCUACCGCUCAUGUUCGGCUCGUAUCUCGACUACCAGCAGAUGCCCGAGAAGCGCAUGUACAAGAAGGUCCUGUUGGAGGAAGAUUUACAGGAGUCGAUGGACUACUUCCUCAAGGACUACAACCAGAACAGCGGGAGUAGGAUGGCCCUCGUGCUCUUCUUAAAUGCGAUGGAGCACGUGUCGAGGAUCGCGCGUAUCAUCUCGCAGCCCUACGGCAACGCUUUAUUAAUGGGCGUCGGCGGCUCCGGUCGUAAAUCGCUCACGACGUUAGCCGUCUACGUCUGCGACUUUAAGUUCUGCCAGAUCGCCGUGGGCAAGUCCUAUGGCAGGAACGAGUGGGGCGAGGACCUCAAACGCAUCCUCACGGCCGCCGGAGCGGAAGAUGGCGAGGGCGUGCCUACGGUCUUCUUAUUUGAUGAUACCCAAAUCGUCUACGAGUCGUUCCUCGAGGAUGUGAACCUACUCCUGAACACGGGCGAGGUGCCCAACCUCUUCGUGCAGGAGGACCUGUCAGUCAUCAACGACUUGCUGGGUCCCGCAGCCAACGCGGCAGGAGUCAACACCGGCAUCAUGGCGGAGAUGUACAAGUACUUCAUUUCUAGGUGUCGGGCCAAUCUCCAUGUGGUGAUCACGAUGUCGCCGAUUGGCGAUGCGUUUCGGAGACGGUUGCGCAUGUUCCCGGCAUUAGUCAAUUGCUGUACUUUGGAUUGGUUCACGGCGUGGCCCGAGCAGGCGCUGCGGUCGGUCGCGUCCUACUUCUUAGGAGACGUGGAUAUCGAGGAGGACGUCAAAGCCGGCGUGGUCGACGUGUGCGUCGACAUGCAGGAACGCGUUUCUGGGAUGGCCGUGAAAUACGUCGCCGAGAUGCAGCGCCACUACUACGUGACGCCGACGUCCUAUCUCGAAUUGAUCAAUACCUUCAAGAAGCUGCUGGGGGCCCAGCGCAACGACGUCAUGGAGCGCAAACUGCGGUACGACAAUGGUCUCGAGAAAAUUUUAUCUACGGAGGCGCAAGUCGACGGCAUGCAGACGGAGCUCGUGGCCUUGCAACCGAAGUUGAAACAGGCCACGAUCGAGACCGACGCACUCUUAGAUAAGAUUGCGGUCGACACGAAGGACGCCAACGAAGUGGAGGCUGUGGUCUCAAAGGAACGCGCUCUGUGUAACCAGCAGGCCGCGGAAGCGUCGAAAAUCGCCGCCGACUGCCAAGCGGACCUGGAUAAGGCCAUGCCCGCCUUGCAGGGCGCCAUCAAAGCCCUCGAUAGUCUCAGCAAGGGCGACAUCGUCGAAGUCAAGGCCAUGAAGAAGCCCCCGGACGCGGUCAAGCUCGUCAUGGAGGCGGUCUGCCUCAUGAUGGGCGUCAAGCCGGACAAGAUCAAGGAUCCCAAUGGUGGUACGAAGAAAAUCGAUGAUUAUUGGGGCCCGGCGCAAAAACAACUCCUGGGCGACGCGCGGUUCCUCCAGAACCUGAAAGACUACGACAAGGACAACAUGGACGAAAAAAUGGUCGUGAAAGUGAACGGCUACACGCAGAUGGAGAUGUUUUCCGUUGAUGUUGUCAAAAAAGCCUCGAUUGCGGCUGCUGGCUUAUGUAAGUGGGUCACGGCGAUGAUGAUCUACGACGCCGUGGCCAAGAACGUCGGGCCGAAGAAAGAAGCCUUGAAGGCCGCGGAGACGUCGCUCAAGGAGGCCUCGGAAGCUUUGGCGGGCAAGGAAGCCGCCCUGAAAGCCGUGCAGGACAAGCUGGCGGCUCUCCAGGAAGGCCUAGAUGCGGCGAACAAGAAGAAGGGCGACCUCCAAGCUUCCGUGACCAAAUGCGCGACGCAACUGAAACGCGCCGAAGAGCUCAUCAAGGGGCUCGGUGGGGAGAAAUCGCGGUGGUCCGCGCUCUCGCAAGAGUUAGCUGGGUUGUACGUCAAUGUGACGGGUGACAUCUUACUAUCUUCUGGGGUUAUUGCGUAUCUUGGGGCAUUUGUCGUCUCCUACCGAGAAGACGCUCUGGUAGCGUGGAAGGAACAGUUGUCAGAAAAGCAGAUCCCGUCGACCGACGGCUUUACGUUACGGUCGACACUCGGCGAGGAAGUCGCGAUCCGAGAAUGGGUCAUCAACAAGCUGCCGAACGACGAAUUUAGCGUGGAAAACGCCAUCAUGCUGGAGCGGAGCAACCGGUGGCCCCUCAUGAUCGAUCCCCAGGGUCAAGCUAACAAGUGGAUCAAGAAGACGUACGGCGAAACGUUGAAAGUCGUGAAAUUGAACCAGGCGACCUUUGCCCGUACGAUAGAAAAUGCCAUACCAUUCGGGACUCCGGUAUUAAUAGAGAACGUCGGCGAGGUCUUAGAUCCCGUUUUGGAACCUGUUUUGCUGAAGCAAGUCGUGGUCCGAGGCGGCGCGAAAACCCUCAAGUUCGGCGACGGCGAGAUCGAGUACGACGACGCGUUCCUACUCUUCAUCACCUCGAAGAUGCGGAACCCCCACUAUCCCCCCGAGUUGUGCGUGAAAGUGAAUCUGCUGAAUUUCAUGGCCACGGCCGAAGGGUUGGAGGACCAGAUGCUCGGCUUGGCGGUCGCGUGCGAAGAAGCGGCUCUCGAGCAGCAACGGGAAGCGUUGGUGUUGGAGGACGCGGAGAACAAGCGAGCGUUGAAGGAGAUCGAGGACAAGAUUCUCUACUUGCUCAAGAACUCGGAAGGCAACAUCUUGGACGACGAGGUCCUCAUUGAGACCCUCAAAGAUUCCAAAAUAAAAUCGGUGAAAAUUGAGAAGAAGCAGAAGAUCGCCGCGAAGACCUUUGCUAUUAUUGCCAAGACUAGAAUCGGAUAUAAACCAUUAGCUUUUCAUGGGUCGCGGCUGUUCUUCUGCAUCGCGGAUUUAUCAGUUAUAGACCCGAUGUAUCAAUAUAGUAUGGAGUGGUACCAGGCGCUCUUUGUCGACGCCAUGGAAAAGGCCGAGGCCGCGCCUAAUUUAGAACAGCGCCUCGAGAACCUCAAAAAUACGUUCACGUAUAUCUUGUACUUGAAUGUGUGUCGGUCGUUGUUUGAAAAGGACAAGCUGUUGUUCUCAUUCUUAUUGACCGUCAAAAUCAUGUCCGGGCAAGGUAAAUUAGACGCGGCGCACUUGCGGUUCCUGUUAGCCGGCAACACGGCCAUGGAUAGGGAAAGGGAGUUACCUUCCACAGAUUGGCUCACGGACAAGUGCUGGGGCGACAUCCUGGCGAUUGGCCACUUACCUGCUUUCGACGGUUUUGUGGACACCUUCGUGGGCCAGUUGGACGCGUGGAAGGGCGUCUACGAUUCUAAACAACCGAUGGCGGACAUCCAGGCGCUUGUCGGGCCACCCGCUGGAAGGAAUGAGGACGGCGUCAAGACGGGACCGAACGAUCGGGGCUAUACGGCGUUUCAACACUUAUGUCUACUACGAGCGGUCAGACCGGAUGCGGUCGUACCAGAGGUGCAGGCCUUCGUCAAGGACGAGAUGGGCGCUCGAUUCAUCGAGGUGCCCCAAUUUGACUUGGGGGCAUGUUACGACGACUCGAAGUGCUUCACUCCCUUAUUAUUCGUGCUGACGCCGGGCGCGGAUCCCAUGUCGGCACUUUUUGCAUUAGCCGAGGAAAAGGGGUUCGGCGGGAAGAAGUUGCAUGCGAUAUCGCUGGGCCAGGGCCAGGGCGACAUCGCGUACGCCGCCAUCAACGAAGCGCAAGACAAGGGCACCUGGGUCUGUUUGCAGAAUUGCCACUUGUGUAUUUCGUGGAUGCCUACUUUGGAGCGGUUAUGCGAGGAACUCUCCCCGGAUAGAAUCAGCGAAUCAUUUAGAUUGUGGUUGACGUCGGAACCGUCGCCGCACUUCCCGGCCUUCAUCCUGCAGAACGGCAUCAAGAUGACCAUCGAGCCCCCGAAGGGCGUGCGAGCCAAUUUAAUAGGAUCAUACACGAAGGUCGUGACCGAGGAGUUCAUCGAGGGCAUUGAGAGAUCCGGAGAGUUCAAGAAGCUCCUGUUCGGCCUGUGCUUCUUCCACGCGUUGGUACGCGAACGGCGGAAGUACGGCCCGCUCGGCUGGAACAUGAAAUAUGUGUUUUCGGGCACGGAUCUCAAGAUUUCCAUGGACCAGCUCCGCAUCUUCUUCGAGAACCUCGAGAGCGACGCGGACGUCCCGUAUGCUGCGUUAAGGUACCUUACUGGAGAGUGCAACUACGGCGGGCGCGUCACGGACGAUAAGGACCGACGAUGCCUGGCGAACAUGCUCACGGACUUCUACGACGUGAUCAUCCAGCCCGACGAGUACCGGUUUUCUCCGUCCGGUACUUAUUACGCGCCGCCCGAAGGGCCCCUUGGAAGUUAUGCGGAGUACGUCAACAGCCUACCGUACACGGAGGGGCCCGAGCUCUUCGGCCUCCACGACAACGCGAACAUCACUUGUGCUCUGGGGGAGACGAAUCUCCUGCUGAACACGGUACUAAGCUUGCAACCGCGGUCGGGAGGCGGCGGCGGCAUGUCGUGGGACGACCAACUUGCGGAGGUGAGCGCCGACAUCGAGGGUCGGCUGCCGCCGGCGUACGACAUUGAACUCGCCCUCAUUCAAUUCCCUGUGCGCUACGACGAGGCCAUGAACACCGUACUCACGCAAGAGCUGCAGAGGUUUAACAACUUGACGGACCUCAUCAAGGGCAUGCUAAAAGAAGUGCAGCGCGCCAUUAAGGGUCUGGUGGUCAUGAGCGGAGAACUGGAGACCAUGGGCAACUCCAUGGUGACGGGCAAGGUGCCCGGAGCCUGGGCCAAGGCGGCCUACCCCUCCAGAAAGCCGUUAGGCUCGUGGGUCUUGGAUCUUAUUGCGAGACUAAAAUUCCUGCAGGACUGGUUCGAUGCCUUGGUGCCCCCAAAUAUCUUCUGGAUCAGCGGCUUCUACUUCAUACAAGCGUUUAUUACGGGUACGCUGCAGAAUUACGCGCGGAAGUAUCAGUUGCCCAUCGAUACGGUCGCGUUCGAUUUUGCCAUACUACGACCGGACGAGGAACGGAAGGCUACUGCCGAAAAAAUACCGGAUGGAUCCGUCUGUCACGGGUUGUUCUUCGAGGGGGCGCGCUGGGAUGUUGAGAAACAUGUUAUUGCGGAAUCGCGACCUAGGGAAUUGUACACGACUUGUCCGAUGUUCCAUAUGCAGCCCAAGGUCAAGGGCGACAUCGAGGAGGUCAUUGGCCGACCCGAGUUGUACACGGGCGCGAUUCGAGGUACCGCACACAAGUACCAGGUACCGGUAUACAGGGAAAGCGCCCGAGCGGGCGUCCUCAGCACCACGGGCCAUUCGACGAACUUCGUCAUGUUCAUCCGCGUGCCCAUGGCCAAGGAGCACACGCAGCAGCACUGGAUCAAGCGCGGCGUGGCGAUGCUGUCGCAGCUGGACGACUAGCAAAUUGUAAGAAAAUACAAUAGUAAA